AUGGCCUCGAACAUAUGCACCAACACAAUGCUCUUAGUAUUCAAUCCGACGACUAUGAGUGUGACGGCUUGCGUACUUGGGGACAUGGCAUCUCAUCCUAAUUUCGGCCUUAAUGAACUGGAUUUCGUUUUCUCCACCCUCGUCGUCGGCUCCAUUCUCAAUUUCCUGCUCAUGUAUCUCCUGGCACCCACUGCGGGGGCUAGGGGCGCUCCUUCUUCUGGCCGCCUCCCCUCCAUCUUCGCCGCCUGUCCUCCCAGCCACAUGUUCGAGCUAGGGGCUUACGGCAUGUUCAGUCGGAUGGGGACUUUUGUGUACAAAGGCGCCCUCUUUGCAGCCGUGGGCUUCGCCGCCGAACUCGUGGGAACUGCCAUCUCCAAUGCCCUGAUCAAGAUAAGGAAGAAGAAGGAUCCCAAUUUCCAGACCCCCAACAAGCCUCCUCCGAUGCCUUUGAACGCUCUCACCUGGGGCGUCCACAUGGGCGUUAGCAGCAACUUCAGAUACCAAGCCCUCAACGGCAUCAAGUUUCUGCUUGCCAAGGGCCUUCCCUCUUUUCUCUUCAAAAGCUCCAUCGUCGUUUGGAGGUGCUUAAACAAUGUCCUUGGAGGGAUGUCUUUUGUCGUACUGGCCAAGUUAACAGGAUCACAGGCUGCUGCUGCUCCUCCUCCGUCUUCCGCUGCUGCUGAGCUGGAACAACAACAACUAGUCAAGGAGGAGGUGGGUGUCCGGGAAGGUGGUGCUACAGCUGGAGAUGUUUUGUCUGCUGACAAAGUCAAGUUGGUUAAUGACGGAACAGGAACAGGAGCAAAACAAUACUAG